GUUUGCGCAAUCCACGCUGCUCCGACCUCAGUGAACUCCUAGUAUGUGCACAAGCCCUUGAUGAUGCCCACGUGACUCGAUGCAGGAUGCAAUGUCUGACAGACGGAAUGAUGUGGCCGUCCUUCUCCAUGAAUGGGCGACACAAGAGAUGAAUUUCCUCCCUCAGGGGCGCCACGUUAAUGCUCCAAUGCCCACUGUACAGGAGCUUAGAGAGAUUUGCCGAGGAAGUCUUCUUGAUGUGUGGGACUUUGUAAUCCAGAGAGUCUAUUCGGCUCAGACUGCCAGAAAGAUGAAAGGAAAUCUAGCUCUCCAAAGCAGACAUAAACGCGCUCCUUCCCACACCGUCAAGUACAAAGAUGGUGUCAAAUUCACUCAGGAGAGGAGUGAGUUACUACAAAGGCAAAGAGAAUUAAGAUCUCAGCUGACUGGAGUUAAGUCUGAUGUCGGACGUCUUGAUAAAGAUCUUGGGAGGUUGCAGUCAGAGAUCUUAUCCGCAGAGGAUGAUUACCAGAGAAGUUGCUCCGAGAUGUCCGAUCUUCAUCACAAACAGAUGCUACUCGCUGCUCACUCAGCUGAGUGUAAGGCAGAUACUGCAAGAUACGAUGAGUAUAUUAAACGAGUCACAGCGAAACUCAAUCAUUAUCGAGAACUCAAAAGUUCACACGGGAAGUCUCUUCUGUUUAGUAAACAAGGAUCAAAUCAAACCAACACUUCACCAACAAUCGGACUUGAAUCUGCAUGCACUAAAAGUGUCCGUGAGUCGUGCGAUGAGGUCGGAUCUUUCCUUCGUCAGAUGCUGAAGGGAGAUUUUGGCUCCAACUCCAAGUUAAUGAGUGAGAGACAGAAUAAGAUGUGGACGAGUAUUGAGCAAGUUCUCUCUGAGAGUCCAGCCAAUCAGAUUGUCAGAUCCCUCGCUCUCAUCUCGGAUGAAGAAUCUCACAAUCUACGCCAGAUGACAAACAACAUUGAUAUCAAGACAGAUGCCGAACAGUUGAGAUUCAAGCAUGGGUCUCGAGGUCUUGAAGAUACAUCAUCAGCUCCUGACAUCACCCUCAGUGUUCAUCAACUUAUCGAGGAGAAGCAGUUGUCCCAUAUGCGUGCAUUCAUGAGUACAGAGCAAAGUCUAAACAAUGCUUGGCGCCUUGACAAAAGACUAGCCCAGUUAGUCUCUCAGGUUCAGAAGCGUCUUUCUACUUCAUUAACAUCGCAGCCCGGAGCUCUGGAAAUGACCAGAGCACUAUUUUCUACUGAGUUAGAGUUAGCCUCAGCUUCAGCCGCCGUGGAGCAGUUGAGAGAAUCUUGCAGAGCUCUACAAGAAUCAUCAUUCAAAGCAUCAAAGGAGAAAGAUGAACUGUACGGAAAGUACCAGAAGAUUCAAGACUUUAAAGCCUUGACUGAGAGGAAGCAGGAUUUGAUCCGAGUUUUAGUCCGACAGAACUCGGAAGCAAAGAAGAAGCUGGAAGUAAUACAAAGAGAGAAUCUGAAGUACAUGCAGUCAACGCUUUGCCCUCAUGAAGUAGGUACGGUAUCCAUGGCAACCCAAAUGAAGAAUGGAGUAGCCAAUGAGGUGGAGCAAUUCGCCAAGUUGUCAUUGCAAAUGUUACAUCUGACAUCACUCGACAGUGGCCAGAGUGUUCCUGUCAACCAGCUGUCCAUCAACCGUCUCAAUAGCCAAUCAGAGAGCAGUGGGGGCGGAGCUAUAACAGAGAUCCUAAAUCUGCUAAAGUUUCCACUGUACAAGGCUCCAGAGCAUCUUCUUCCACACUGUGUUUUGAUGAAAUGUGAAAUAUCUGAAGUCCAGACGUUACUUGAUUCUCAACAAUUAUUGUAUUCAUCCAUGAAUGAAUCCAGCAGUCAGGACAUCACAGCGAUCCAACGUAUCACAGUCCUGACAAAAGAAGUUGCCAGUCAUGAUGAGGAAGCUUUGAGACAAGUUCUUCCGAUGUUACAAACGAGACUAGAUGAAUCGACGGAUUGUCUGUCUGAUUGUAUCACAGUCAAGGAUUCACUUACUGCUUGGUGGGAGCAGCCAGCACAGAAACUUACUCCGUGGGUCAAACUAGAUGACCUUAGUCUGCAACAAUGGAUGGAUAAAUGGACUGUGGCCGUAACCAGACUUCGACAGCUAGGUAUUUAGGUAGAAGAUUUAAUCCUCUCCAACAAGGACCAAGUUUGAGUGCACACCAUGGUUAACUAAAGGUUGACUAUUUUGACUCUAGUCCAGGCUGGUUGACCAUUGAUUGACUACUGUG